AGCAAGUCAGUAACGGCAUAGUGACCGAGGAGACGAUGUUGGCGCGCGGGGCACUGCGACCACUCUCCCUCCAGCGCAGCGGCUUGCGCCAGGGGCGUCAGGGAGCUCUGCUAAGGGCGGUCACCAGCAGGGGCGUCUCUGCAGUGUCCUCGGCAAAGGACGCCGCGGCUGCCCCAGGCCUCCCGCGCCCUCCGGAGGAGAUCCCUGGCCCGAGACGCUGGCCCUUGGUCGGCUCCCUCCCGGCGCUCACGACACGCAAAGACUGGGAUCCCGCGAGAAUCCACCUGGUGUGGGAGCAGCUGACGAGGGAGUUCGGGCCCAUCUUCCGCCUCGACGUCCCCGGCCAGGAUCGCCGCGUCUUCAUCUCGGAUUCGAAGGACAUCGAGCACCUGAUGAAAGAGACGUCCUACAUGCCCUCCAAACCGUUUUUCGACGUCAUCGCCACCGUCAGGAACCACAGCAAGAAUAUAGUCAGGGGUCAGACCGGCCUCCUGUCCGAACAGGGCGAAGAAUGGUGGCGUUUGCGGAGACUCACGCAGCCGCCGGCCAUGAAGGUGAAGACGGUAGCGCAUUACUUGCCUGACAUCGAUCUCGUGGCCAAGGAGUUCCUCGACAGAUUGCCUGAGGUCCUGGACGAGAACCACGAGAUACCACACGACUUCUUGCAAGAACUGUUCAAGUGGGCCCUCGAGACCUUAGGUCUGACCGCAUUCAGCAGACGCAUCGGCUGCCUCGGAAACAGUCCUGAGGGAAUGGAAAUCAUAAGGAUCAUCCACUCUCUCCUAAAAGGCAUGCACGCUUGUCAGGUAGAACCCGGGGCCUUAUGGAGGUGGAUCCCUACGCCUGCCUACAAUAAGUUCAAGAGCGUUCACAGUGAACUAGAGGAGUACACUUUGGCUGCCAUCUCAGACGCCCAGAAGAAGCUCGAGAACAGUGAUUCGGAGCACCUGAACUUGCUCGACCAGGUGUUGCUGACUCCUGGGCUCAGCAGAGAAGACGUGUUGGUGUUCAUGAUGGAUUUCCUGAUUGCUGGGAUUGAUAAUGUAUCCACCACCACCGCCUUCACGAUGCUGAACCUGGCGCAGCAUCCCGAGAAGCAGGCUAGGAUGCAGGAGGAGCUGGACCAAGUAAUCGGCGACGGGGAGGAGACAAUCACGACGGCGCACCUGAACAGACUGCCCUACACGAAAGGCUGCGUUAGGGAGACUCUCAGGUUGAAUCCUGUGUCCAUUGCUCUCCCACGGAAACUUGAGCAUGAUGUUGUGCUCGGUGGAUACUUGGUUCCAAAAGGGUUCGAGGUGUUCGUGCUCCUCAAGCCCGCAGGAACGAGCGCACAAGCCUUCCCGAGGGCGCUGGAGUUCCUGCCGGAGAGGUGGCUGCGCGGCGAAGGAGACAGGGUGCACAGCUACGCCUCUCUGCCCUUCGGAAUAGGGACGAGGAUGUGCAUCGGGAAGAGGUUCGCCGAGAUGGAGAUCUACACGCUCUUGGCUAGGAUGUUCCAGCGGUUCGACGUCAGCUGGAACCACGGGGACGUCGGGACCAAGACACAGUUCAUUCUGAUGCCGGAUCGUCCGCUCAACUUCACCUUCACUGAGAGGUCUUGAAUGUGUGGACAAGGGCGAGGAUUUUCUUCUUUUCUUUUCUUUUCUUUUCCUUUUCUUUUCUUUUUUUCCUUUUUUUUGUUUUGUUUUUCUUGUGUUUUUUUUUCGAUUUUUUUAGUGGUCCAUUUUUCUUGUGACUUUUUUUAUUUUUUUAUUGAGGUUGUCAUUUCUUACUUUAUUUUCUCUCUAGGUCUAUUGUUUAUUUCAGAUUGUUUUAAGGGUCCCUUUUCCUCGUGAUUUUAUCGAGAUUGUCAUUCUCUUUAUUUUUUCUCUCUCGUUUAUUUUAGAU